AUGGAAAUAAAAAAUGGUGAUGUUGAUAAACUAGAUGAAAUUCUACUUGACGCACGGAAAAAGAAGUUUAACGAUAAGUUUAAUAAUGAAGAUAGCGAAGAAAUACUUUUUAGUAGUCAAGAAACAAGUAAAACUGAAAAUAAUCAAAAUGAUACAACUAAAAAGGUUUUAAAUGGUCAUGCAAUAACAAAACCAUUACAAAUAGAUAGAAAAUUAAACAAAAAGAAAGAAAUUAUAAAAUCAAUGUUAAACAAAGUCAAUCAAAGGAACCACAUUGAAGUCAGCGGUAACCAGCUUCGGGAAAGAAUGCUGAAUAGGCUUAAAGCUGCUCAGUUUAGAUAUUUAAAUGAAAAAUUAUAUACUUCAAGUGGGGGAGACGCUCAGAGCCUGUUCCAGUCGGACCCCUUAGCAUUCCAGACAUACCAUGAAGGCUACCAGCAGCAGGUCAAGAAAUGGCCUGUCAAUCCACUUGAUGUUAUUGUCAAGAAAAUACUUGAAAUGCCUAAAACAUAUUUGAUAGCGGACAUGGGUUGCGGGGAGGGUGCGCUGCGCACGCGCGUGCCGCAGCGCGUGCGUUCCUUCGACCUGGUGUCUACGAGCGCGGCGGUGGAGGCCUGCGACAUGGCGCACACGCCGCUGCCCGCAGCCGCAGUGGACGUGGCGGUCUACUGCCUCGCGCUCAUGGGCACAGACCUCACACAGUACCUGCUCGAAGCCAAUAGAAUACUGAAAGUCGGGGGUCACCUGCUGGUCGCGGAGGUGGAGAGCAGGUUCGAGGACCCGCAGACGUUCGCGCGGGAGGUGCAGCGCCUGGGGUUCAGGCUGCGCGAGCUGGACACCCAGCACCAGGUGUUCUUCUUCUUCCACUUCAACAAGGUGCAGCAGCCGCCCGUCAAGAAGUCCAAGCUGCCGAACCUCACGCUCAAACCUUGCUUGUAUAAGAAAAGAUAAAAUAAAUUGUUACGUUAUA